GGGCCGGAGCCGGAUGUGACGUCACGCACCACUUCCGGCGCGGGCGACACAGGCUGCGCGGCGGGCUUGGCGGGCUUGGCGGGCUGGCCCCGGGCGCGGCGCCUGCGGAGAACACAUUGUGAUGUCGCAGAGCCAAGACUAUGAGUGAGUUUCGGAUUCACCAUGACGUCAACGAGCUGCUCAGCCUGCUGCGGGUCCGCGGGGGUGAUGGGGCCGAGGUCUACAUCGACCUGCUGCAGAAGAACAGGACCCCGUAUGUCACAACCACCGUGUCUGCACACAGUGCCAAGGUUAAAAUAGCAGAGUUUUCUCGUACUCCUGAGGACUUCCUGAAGAAAUACGAUGAACUGAAAUCAAAGAACACCAGGAACCUUGACCCCCUGGUGUACCUGCUGUCAAAGCUCACGGAGGACAGAGAGACUCUGCAGUACCUACAGCAGAAUGCCAGGGAGAGGGCAGAGUUCGCAGCAAGCACCGCCACCAGUGGCACCACCAACUUCAAUGCCCCAGCCACAGCCUCUAAGAUCUCCAUGCAGGAGCUGGAGGAGCUGAGGAAGCAGCUGGGCAGCGUGGCCACGGGCCCCACGUGGCAGCAGUCUCUGGAACUCACAAGAAAGAUGCUUCGAGACAAGCAGAACAGGAAGAAUCUGGGCCAGCACCUCCCAGUCUUCCCGGCCUGGGUGUAUGAGAGACCCACGCUUCUCGGGGACUUCCUGGCAGGCGCGGGUGUGAGCACAGAUGCAGCUGUGCCUAUAGGCACGCUGCCCCUGACCUCCCAGGAGUCAGCCGUCGUGGAGGACCUGCUGUAUGUGCUGGUGGGCGUGGACGGCAGGUACAUCACCGCCCAGCCCCUCACCGGGAGGCAGAGCCGCACCUUCCUUGUGGACCCCAACCUGGACCUGUCCAUCAGGGAGCUGGUGAACAGGAUCCUCCCAGUGGCCGCCAGUUACUCCACCGUGACAAGAUUCAUUGAAGAGAAGUCUUCCUUCGAGUAUGGGCAGGUGAACCACGCCUUGGCGGCUGCCAUGAGAACACUAGUGAAGGAGUACCUGAUCCUGGUCACGCAGCUGGAGCAGCUGCAGAGGCAGGGCCUCCUGUCCCUGCAGAAGCUCUGGUUCUACGUCCAGCCAGCCAUGCGCACCGUGGACAUCCUGGCCUCCCUGGCCACCUCGGUGGAUAAAGGCGAGUGUGUCGGGGGGUCGACCCUGAGCCUCCUGCAUGACCGGAGCUUCAGCUACACAGGCGACAGCCAGGCGCAGGAGCUGUGUCUGUACCUCACCAAGGCCGCCAGCGUGCCCUACUUCGAAAUCCUGGAGAAGUGGAUCUACCGAGGUGUCAUCAAUGACCCGUACAGCGAGUUCAUGGUGGAAGAGCACGAGCUGCAGAAGGAGAAGAUCCAGGAGGACUACAAUGACAAGUACUGGGACCAGCGGUACACCGUGGUGCAGCGCCAGAUCCCCUCCUUCCUGCAGAAGAUGGCGGGCAAGGUCCUCAGCACAGGAAAAUACCUAAAUGUGGUCAGAGAGUGUGGUCACGACGUCACCUGCCCGGUGGCCAAGGAGGUCAUCUACACACUGAAGGAGCGGGCGUAUGUGGAGCAGAUCGAGAAGGCCUUCAACUACGCCAGCAAGGUGCUGCUGGACUUCCUGAUGGAGGAGAAGGAGCUCGUAGCUCACCUAAGGUCCAUCAAGCGCUACUUCCUGAUGGACCAAGGCGACUUCUUCGUGCACUUCAUGGACCUGACGGAGGAGGAGUUGAAGAAGCCGGUGGAUGACAUCACGCCCACCCGCCUGGAGGCGCUGCUGGAGCUGGCCCUGCGCAUGAGCACUGCCAACACCGACCCCUUCAAAGAUGACCUCAAGAUUGACCUGAUGCCUCAUGACCUGAUCACCCAACUUCUGCGGGUUCUGGCCAUCGAGACCAAGCAGGAGAAGGCCAUGGUCCAUGCCGACCCCACUGAGCUCUCACUGACCGGCCUGGAGGCCUUCUCCUUCGACUACGUGGUGAAGUGGCCCCUGUCUCUGAUCAUCAACAGGAAGGCCCUGACGCGCUAUCAGAUGCUCUUCAGACACAUGUUCUACUGCAAGCACGUGGAGCGGCAGCUCUGCAACGUUUGGGUCAGCAACAAAGCCGCCAAGCAGUGCUCUCUGCACUCGGCCAAGUGGUUCGCUGGUGCCUUCACGCUGCGGCAGCGGAUGCUCAACUUCGUCCAGAACAUCCAGUACUACAUGAUGUUCGAGGUGAUGGAGCCGACCUGGCACGUCCUGGAGAAAAACCUGAAAUCCGCCUCCAACAUCGACGAUGUGCUGGGGCACCACGCGGGCUUCCUGGACAGCUGUCUGAAGGACUGUAUGCUGACCACCCCCGCGCUGCUCAGGGCCUUCUCCAAGCUCAUGUCCGUGUGCGUCAUGUUCACCAACUGCAUGCAGAGAUUCACGCAGAGCAUGAAGGUGGACAGUGAGCUGGGCGGCCUGGCGCUGGAGCGCAGCGCGGUGCCGGGGCCGCCCGUGGAGGAGGCUGAGCACCCAGAGGAGCGCGCCCGCAGGGAGCUUGCCCGCAAGUGCCUGGCUGAGCACGUUGACACGCCGCAGCUGGCCUCCAGCUUCGAGGCCACCAUCAGUAAGUUUGACCAGAAUUUCUCGGCCCAUCUGCUGGACCUCCUGGCCCAGCUGAGCCUCUAUAGCACCAGCGACUGCGAGCACGGCAUGGCCAGCGUCAUCUCCAGGCUCGACUUCAACGGCUUCUACACCGAGCGGCUGGAGCGCCUGUCCGCAGAGAGGAGCCAGAAGGCGGCCCCCGCAGCGCCCGUGCCACGGGGGCCCCCAGCUCCAACGCCCAGGAUCGCAGUCACCGCACAAUGAGGCCGGCCGCAGCAUCGCAGCCCCAGUGGCAUGAGCGAAUGGGUUUGGAGGUUUUCCCCAGACAUUCCUGGGUCGCAUGUGCCCCGGGUUCUGUUUAAACAUACAGCGUGCAGUCCCCUGCGCUCAGCUCCCAUCUCUGGGUUCACAAUCCCAGACAGGUCUGCUCUCCUGCGUGCUCUCCCGAAUUGAAGUCAUCCUGAAGAGUGUGUUGGUCUCAAAUAAGAUAAAGUAAAAACACAUGGCUUUUGGGCAACAUCAGGACAGUCACCAAGAUGCCAUGUGGGGGAGGUGUGGGCCUGGUGUCCCCACCUGUUGGUGUGACCGGGGGAUGGGCCCCCGGGGUCAGCCUGGCCCCUCCAGCCGGCUGGCUUGCUCCAGGCAGCAGAGGGCAGCAUGGCCCACGCCCUGUAGCGGGAACCGCCUGGGUGCAUCUCCCAAGUGCCCGCAGAGCAGAGGAAGAGCUACCCUGCUGCGGCUGAGGCCCAGGCCCUCGUCCAUUAGGCCCAGCCGUGUCCGGCCCCCUCGACAGGCAGUAGGGGGAAUGGCCAGCCCCAGUGUGACCUGCCUUGAACAUCUAUGUGCUCUGCUCCCAGCCAAGCUGCCCCUUCCUGCUGAAUUCCAUGCAUGUUAUUUUCAAAAUUCACUUCUGACCCCUGCUCUGUCCAGGUGGACCCUGGGCAGAUGAGGUGGCAUGACGGGGUUCUCCAAGGGAGGGGGGCACCCCUCCCUGAGUGGCUGGACUCCUGCCACAGACUGCUUCCUCUUUUAAGCUACAGUGUGGACAAGUAUGACCUGUGCGUAAACAAGUUUACAACCCAAGUUGCCACAGUCCUGGCUUGUGCAACACGGGGGCUGACCAGAGCCAGCUGCUGGCCCUCCUGCCCAGCCCCGAGGCCCAGACCCUGGGGUCCCUGUCCUCAGACACCUCCAGUUGCAGGUGGUGGCGGCAGAGGGGCGCAUCCUGGAGGCUGGGUGGGGGGUCCUUGUGAUGAGGGAGGUCCUGGCUGCCAUCGCUGAGUCCCUGUUAGUUAGCUGCGCGUUGUGGUCAGUACACAGUCCCAGUGGCUGGUGUUUUUGCCCAAAUAGGGACAUGCUGCCUUUGAACUUCUGCUAUCAGAUGACGUGCAGUGUAUGACCAAGGAAGAGAAGUAAACUUGUCGGGGAUUUUG